AUGCCGACGCUGACCGACCUUCCCUUUAAGAUCCUUCUGAUAAUAUGGAGCUAUCUUGACAAGGAGCGAGAUAUGAACGCGCUCGUCCGAUCAUGCCAACUCCUUUACACUCAACUCAACUUCACGCUCUACCGCCACAACCUUGGCCAUGGCAGUUCCGCCGUCACCUGGGCCGCAGCAAAUUCCCAAUUCGACACGAUGCUCAGAUUAAUCGAGGCCGGCUAUGACCUGCACGACGACUCGAAUGAGAUCCGGGGCUCUCCCUCCCCACUUUGUGUUGCCGCCUACGCCGAACAAGAAACAAUGGUCGCGUGGCUGCUCCAUCAAGACGUCGACCCCAACACGUUCGACGAGCAAGGCUUGUCUCCUCUAGUGCUAGCAGGUGCCAUUGGGCACCUCGGGAUUGCGAAGCUGCUUGUGCGUGCGGACGCAGAUCUCGAAGGGUGCUCGUUGACAGGCUGGACGCCAUUUGCCGCGGCCGUUAAUAACGGGCAUGAGAAGGUUGCGGCGUAUCUGCUGGAACAGGGCGCCGUAUUGUUUCCUGCGUGUGAUACGGAGCCGGGGCUUAAUCCUCUUGUGAGGGCUGCGAGGGAGGGGCAUACUCGGCUCGUUGAGCUGAUUCUUGAAAGGAUGGCGGCGACGAUGGAAUCUGAUGAAAUUGCAGAUAUACUGCGCGCGCCUUAUUUGAUGAGCGAGGCGAUUUCGGAGGGGCACGCGGAGGUGGUCAAGUUACUGAUCGCUGCCGGCGCCCCAGUCACCCACGAGUCAACAGGCCAAAGCCCACCGCUGUCCUGGGCCAUGUAUAAAAAUAAAUCCGAGAUCGCCAAGAUCCUGUUGGAUAGUGGCGCCUCCUUGGAUAUCAACAUUGAUCGCGGCACCCCGCUGUGGUGGGCCGCGUCCCACGGUUAUACGGAGAUGGCUCGGCUAAUCCUCGCGCACGGUGCGCCAGUCGACUAUGUGGAUAGGGGUGAGCGUGCACUCUGGGUCGCUGCAAAGAACGGCUACACUGAGACCGUCGCGCUGCUUCUCGAGGCUGCCGCUGAUGUCGAAGCAACGGGGCAGUCCGGCAUGACCCCGUUGCACAUCGCAUCAACCAUGGGACAGGACAAGGUCGUGGCUCUUCUUCUUGCACAUGGGGCUUCGCCACAAACCGCUAGCCGACUGCUCACGCCAGGGCCCCCGCCGCCCAUGUCUGCACCGCUCGUCGAGAAUGCGUUGACGGCGGCUGCUCGACACGGCCAUUUGGAAGUGGCCCGUCUGCUCCUGGAGGCGGGUGUCGACACGGAAGCUAGACUACUCCCAACAGAUACUCCGUUAUUCCUGGCAGCCUCGGGUGGUCAUGUGGCUGUUAUCAAGCUAUUGCUAGAAAAGGGGGCAGACCUUAGCUACAGGAGCAAGCAUGGCUACACCGUCCUCUCUUGUGCCGCACAACGCGGACAUCCCAAAGCCAUCCUUGCCCUGCUUGAGCACUGCAAGUCACGUCUUACCAGCCAGCACUAUAGCGACUUGAUCGAUGCUGCAGAUAACUACAACCGCACGCCGUUAUUCUUUGCAACUCUCCAUGGGCACGCCGAUGUCGUCCGGGUCCUGCUUGCCGGCGGUAGCAGCGCGGUAGACACCCCUUCUGAUUCCGCGCGGACGCCCCGGUCCAUCGCAGCCGCAAACAAUGAGUUUGUUCCCUCUGAUUCGUCCCUGAAUCCUAUGGUUGAGGACAUAUGGCACAGUCUCUCUGGCCCAACACCGACAACAGUGGACGGAGAAGGGGAGCCGGAUAGUAUAGGAGGUGCAUUGAACUUAGUAGAUCCACUCGGUGUGCUGCAGGAUUUCUGUGCGGUAUGCGAGGCACUAAUAUCGAGUCUCGAUUGUCAUUAUCACUGUGAGAUAUGUCAGAUGGAGGUCGGCGGAUCAUGGAAAAUAUGCGUUGAUUGCAGCGCUCGCGGCGCGCACUGCCCGGAUCCUGCCCAUCAGCUUGUUCGCCUAGAGGCAGAUCCUAAUCCUUACUGGAUGGAUCUCUGGGCAUAG